AUUUUGAUGCAGACAAAAUGGAAUGUUUCUGACCAAGAUAUGAGUGCAGACAGUCCUAAUCAGCAAUCCUUGAUCUUUUCAUCUUUUGGGGGUGUCACUUUCAUUCAUACUCAAUAAUGAACAGUGAUCACAUUGCUUCCACAUCCCACUUAUUCUGCCAUCUUCUUCAUUCACUGCCAACUCCACUUUGUCUCAGUGCAUGCAUGUAGUGUAGAGUAUUCAGCUUUGGAUUCCACAAAGCUAGUUAUAGCAAUCUCUUCAAAGUUCAAAACUUUCCUUUUUUGUAAUAGGUUUGCACAUGUUGGCACUGUUCAAAGUACCAGUCUUUUUUCUGUUUGUUGCUAUUAAAUUUUUCCUGCAUAUGCUUUUGCUUCAAGCUACUUUUCUUAUUUCUUUUGUCCAAAGUUUCCUUCUGUCUCUUUUUUCUGAUUCAAACGAGUUUAGUCGAACAUCAGGCUUUUCAUGUGAAAUUUUAUUCUAGUUCAAGUAUGGGCUAAUGUUCUUAUCUAUACAUGGCUUUCAGCUUUUAGGACUUUUUAGUCUGCACAAAUCACCAGUGACAACACUUGAGACAAGGAGUUAUUUCAGUUGUGUACAUUUCUAUGAAUAGAACUUAUAUUUUGGUUAGCUUUAGUAGCUGUGAAUGGGGUUUAAUUAACAGCUGAAUUGAAUUGGAUUUAGUUUUGGAGCUUUAGGGAGUGGUAUUUGAAUAAGAGAGUAAGAAUUUAAAGAUGAUUGUGAGAAAAACCAAGACAAGUGCAAAGUCACUACUUGUGCUCCUUGUUAUGGUUCUUGCCUUUUUCUUUGUUAUUUACAAUUUGGUAUUUAUGAUCAAACACCAUAAGGGUGGAGGCUGGAUAUCAGCAAAUUCCCAUUCAAAAUUCCAUGUUGUGGUCACUGCUACUGAUGCAGCUUAUUCUCAAUGGCAAUGCCGAAUUAUGUACUACUGGUAUAAGAAGGUAAAGGAAAUACCUGGAUCAGAUAUGGGAGAGUUCACCAGAAUUCUCCAUUCAGGUAAACCAGACCAGUUGAUGGAUGAGAUUCCUACUUUUGUGGUUGAUCCACUUCCUGCAGGCUUGGAUAGGGGUUAUGUUGUGAUGAAUAGGCCAUGGGCUUUUCUUCAGUGGCUGGAUAAAGCAAAUGUUGAGGAAGAAUAUAUUUUGAUGGCAGAACCCGACCACAUAUUUGUAAAACCUUUGCCUAAUUUGGCUAAUGGAAAUCAACCAGCAGGGUAUCCAUUUUUCUACAUAAAACCAGAUAAACAUGAAAAAAUAAUUAGAAAAUUCUACCCUAAGGCGAAUGGUGCUAUUACUGAUAUUGACCCCAUUGGCAAUUCUCCAGUAAUCAUUCAGAAGUCCUUGCUGGAGGAAAUAGCUCCCACAUGGGUGAAUGUUUCCCUGCAAAUGAAAGAUGAUCAAGAAGCUGAUGAAACUUUUGGAUGGGUACUUGAAAUGUAUGCAUACGCUGUGGCAUCGGCAUUGCACGGUGUACGGCAUGUUCUUCAUGAUAACUUCAUGCUCCAGCCACCAUGGGACUUAGAUGUUGGGAACAAAUUUAUAAUCCAUUAUACUUAUGCAUGUGACUACAAUUUAAAGGGGGAAUUGACAUAUGGGAAGAUUGGAGAAUGGCGUUUUAACAAGAGAGCAUAUCUCUCAGGUCCUCCACCCAAAAACCUUUCCUUACCCCCUCCUGGAGUUCCUGAAACUGUGGUGCAGCUUGUAAAGAUGAUCAAUGAAGCUACUGCCAACUUACCUAAAUGGGAUUCAUUAAAUAGAAGCUGAGGAAAAGAAAAUAAACCACAAAUCCUUAGGCCUCUCAUGCUAUGGCUACUAGAUGGCAACCAACAAUUUGGAUUACAUAAAAAUAGACCUGUUUCACCCCAAGAUCUCUGAUUAAUACAAAAAAAGAUGUUUUUGUGCUAGCUCUAAAAAUUAGAUGUGUUUUUCUGUAGCAAGUCAAGUGUGGGUAUUGAAGUAUAGAGUAUUUAUAGUUUGUCAGUUAACCUUUUUUCAGUAGGCUUUUUCAGAGGGAAAUCAAUGGAAACAACUUAUUAUCAAAAUAUUAUAUCUACAGUUCAAUAUAUCAAAUAUGCAGUGAAAAAUGAGAACGGAAGUAACUACCCAGAGUUUUGAA